ACAGUUACAUUUGGUCAGUUGUAUUUCUGAUUCCAGGAGAUAUUGUUCGAUUUUGUUGCUUGGAUUCUGUUGUGUUUUUGUUUGUGGUUGCAAGUAUAUAAGGAUAUACAAAGCAGUUUGUGGUGUGUACAUUGUAUGUGUAUGUACAAUUUCGAGUUUGUGUUGAGUGCCUGCCUUAAUUUGUUUCGUUGGUUUCAUCAAUUGUUGUGCAUAGUGUAUUUGGAGUAAAUCGCAGACAGUGGAUAUUAUUCAGUAACAAAAAUUUCGACCGAUUUUUGUAUAGUGAGAUCGCUAAGAAUUCUCAAAAAUGUCUGCCGAAGUUUCUAAUAAUCCUGCAGUAGAAAAUAAGGUAGAAGAUGCUACCGCCCAAAAUGAAAACGAAAAUGCACCAGAAAAAACCGAAAAUGUGGUAGACACUGGUAACGCCCAAGAUGAUAAUGUAGAGAAACAAGACGCUGCUGUGGAAGACACAAAGAAAGAGUCGGAAACUGCAACAGUCACAACAAAAUCGGAGCCUGCACCCAAGUGCAAUGUGCACAAAACUAAUUUCGAGAAGGAUAUGAUUUACCUCUAUCAAUUUUCUAGAACGCCACUAUUGCCAUCUUUAUCGCCAUACUGCCUUAAAGUGGAAACCUGGCUCCGUCUUGCUGGGCUUAAAUACGAGAAUGUCGAUCACAAGAUGAGAUUCCGGUCUAAGAAAGGUCAAUUGCCUUUUAUAGAACUAAAUGGCGAAGAAAUUGCCGAUUCAGCUAUAAUCAUAAAGGAGUUGUCAGCAAAAUAUGGUAAAGACUUAGAUUCUGGAUUAACAUCGGAACAGCGCAAUGUUUCAUAUGCCAUGAUAGCUAUGCUUGAAAAUCAUUUAAUUUGGAUAAUAUUCUACUGGCGAGCUAAGUUUCCAGAUAACGUUCUUAAGGGAUACAAGGUCAACUUGCAACACGCCUUAGGUUUACGUUUACCCAACUCCAUCUUGAAUUUCUUCUUUAAGAUAACGUUUGGAAGAAAGGGUACAAAAAAACUCAAAGCUCAUGGAAUUGGUGUACACAGCGCGGAAGAAAUUGAGGAAUUUGGCAAAAAUGACCUGAAAGUACUUAGCGAAAUGUUGGAUUGCAAGCCUUUCUUCUUUGGAGAUGAGCCUACCACACUGGAUGUUGUUGCAUUUGCAGUAUUAUCUCAACUUCAUUUCUUGUCAAAGGAUGUACAGUACGUACUGCGAGAUUUUAUGACUGAAAAAUGUCCAAAUCUUGUUGGUCACGUUUCUCGCAUGAAAGACAAAUGCUUCCCUGAUUGGGAUGAAAUAUGUACAAAGUUGGACUUAAAUGCUCAUAUACAAAAGCCAGAACCAGAAAACAAAGAGGGCAAGGAAGGUGAGAUGGAAAAGUCAAAAGAACAAGAAAAUGAAGUGGAUAAAAACGAAAAGGAGUUGGAAAAGGAAAAAACAAACGAGAAAGAAAUAUCUGAAGAAAACAAGGAAAAAGAGGAGGAAUCAAAGUAAAAACGCAGUUUUUGCUGUACAGCAGCGAACGCGUUUUUUGCAUUACUACUCCAUUACAGAUAAAAUAUGCAAAUUGGACCCCUAUAUAAAUAUACCAUUAGCAUAAAAUUAUACAAUAUACACUUAAGGAAUGUGACUAGUAAAAAGCUAAUUAACUUCUGACGAUUGAAGAUGAUUCAUAAAUUUCCAUUUCAAAUCGAACAUAUAUCGAUAACAUUUCUGAAAAUAAGUAUUUUUAUAGUUUUUAAAGUCAAGAACUUGUGUGCAAAUAUUAAUGUAUUCAGACUUAUAUAUCUUAAGUUAUUUUUACAAAAUAUUGGUAUUUCAUAUUAAUAUCAUUUCAUAUUAAAUGUGUUCUUCAUUUUUGUCGCAUUAUACAUGGACUUUUUUAUUCAUUUUUUAUAUUUACAAGAGAAACCAUCGCAUCCAAUAUACCCAUCAUUCUAUUUCGGCCAGCUUAUACAAUUUUAUUUUGCAAAACAUACAAAUAUUUUUCAAUAAUAAUGCUCAAAUGCUGGUAUUUAUAUGCAAUUCAAGACAUGAAUGGGAAUUUUUAUAUCCAUACCCAAAAGUACUACAAAAAUGUAGUUAUAAGUUCAUAUACAUAUAAAGGAGGUACACCGAUAAUUAUAUUCAUCAUCACAUUAGAUACGGACAUGUAGAAUAAUAAACUUUUGUUUAUGUAUUAAACCCA